CAGGGAGGAAUCCAAGCCACCCCCGCUCCUUCCCUGACUCGCCCUCCUCGGCCGGCGUCUCCUCCAGGCGCCGGCAGGGGCAUCCGAUACGACGCAGCGGCAAGCCGGAGCACGCUGCGGUUCCUUCUAAAUCCCGAGGCGCAGGCGGGCGCCUCCCCCGGCUCUCUUUUGUCGAUGCUGGUGUUCUCGAGCGACGGCCACGGCUGCGGCUUCUAGUAGGAUCAAAGAGAUCUGCAACUGUAGGAUAUCACAGAACAAUUCUUGAGGUACUCACUGCAGCCUAAUCAUAUGGAGGAGUAUUCAGAUAGGGGAUCAAAAGCAGAAAUUGCAUAUCUCAGGAGGGGUUCCAGAUUCUCUUCUAGAAAUCAAAGUUCAGAAGAGAGGACUAAUAAUCACAGCAGCGACAAACCGGGAAGCAGCACUAGAUUCAAUCCUAUGAAAGCAAGAAUUGGCGAUAAUCAAGAAAGACCAAGAUAUGUGCGUGAUUCAUUUAAAUCUUCAAGCUCAAAGGUGGCACCUGCAAGCUCUUCCAAAUUUCCACUUAGCAAGUUUGAGGAAAGGCGAAGGCAACCUUUCUUGCCAGGGUUUGACAAUGCUGGAAGUAGUAGAAGAAAGGUUGAUGCCAAGCGGCUAGUGGGUAGUAAGAAAAUUGCUGUAGACAAUGAGAGUUCAGACACUCUGCAAGGUGAAUCGGAAGGUUUUACUACCGAACAAGUACCUUAUCCAGAAGGCUCUCAUUUUACUGGUCAUUCAGGUGUUUCUUCAUAUACAGUCAAGUCCUUGGUCCAAACUGCUUCACUAAGUUCUAGGACACAGAGACAGAAACACAAAGAAGUGAAUAUGGGUACUCCAGGAGCAUGUUCUUCGUCUCUGACUAAUGGGUCUUCUAUACCUGGAAAUUCUACCAUGGGUGUGAGGCCAGCUUAUGGUCAUGUUAGUGGAGGGCAGGUACGUGGUCUUAAAAACCUUGGUUGUACGUCAGUGCCUGAUGCUCAGCCAUCAGGUUGCCCAUCUGAGUCUGUUAGUAGUAGGAGGUUCGAGUUCAUGAGAAAGAGGGCUUUUGACCAGGAAAACUCUUCCAGAUCAAGGAGCUUAAGUUUAGGUCUUUCACCUCCUACAGAUAUUCACAAUACUGGUCACAGAAUCAGAAUGAAUGAACAAUCACUUUCUCAACAAAUACCACAAAGAAGCAGCAGAAACCAUCAGGAACCAGCAGUUUCAGUUAGGACGAGACGGCCUUCUCCUCAUGCCACUAGGAUGAGUGUUCCUGAUGAAAGAGCAGAUGGUAUGCUUUCUCUGCAUGAGUCACCCACAAGAAAUGUACAGCCAGCUCAGGAACAUCUUUCAUUGGAAGAAGUCUCCACUGAGAGUUCAAUAAGGCCAUUCUUUGUGGAAUUUGAUAAUAACAUUUUCUCAUCUAGUCGUCGCCGUUGCUCGAAUACUCGAGCUGAAAGGGUAAGACCAAGCUCCCUUUUUGAAGAAAGACACCGAAAAAUGUUCCAUAGUCUUAUGGGGGAGAGAGAUAGUCAUAGACACAUAACCAUGGAAGGAACUACAGAGCAAUUGCUGGUGCUGGAGACUAAUCUAUUUUUUGGUGCUUUUGCCUCCUAUGAUCGGCAUAGAGACAUGCGGAUGGAUAUUGAUAAUAUGUCCUAUGAGGAAUUAUUGGCCCUGGAAGAGAGAAUAGGCUCUGUAAGCACAGCUCUUUCGGAAGAGCAGUUCACGAAAUGCCUCAGAAGAAGCAUAUAUAGUCAAGUCGCUUCAGAAGUGAGCAAAUCAACCGUUGAUGACAUGAAAUGCAGCAUAUGUCAGGAAGAGUACAUGGAGGGCGAAGAAGUUGGGAGGCUGCCGUGCGAGCACUGGUACCAUGUGUGCUGCAUUGGCCAGUGGCUUAGGCAGAAGAACUGGUGUCCAGUGUGCAAAGCGUCGGCAGUGCCUUCCAAGGGUUAAAACCGCCGAGGACGUUGGAAGGCUUGUAAACUGGCGUGUGUCCGAGAGAUCCAUGAACUGUUAUGAACAUAUUAUACAUGUGAACUUGUGAAGAAUAAUAAGUAGCAUGCAUGGGCCGAGUUCACGGACAGUUUAUGAGCAUCAAACUUCUUGUUGGAACUGGAAA